AUGGAUUCGUUCGGCUUUGACUUUGCGGGCGGCGACCUCCUGGACUUGGGCUCGCUCGGCUCGUGGACGAACAACACGCCCAUGGGCAACUCGCCCAAUGGCGGCAGCAACGGCAACGGCGCGCUGCCGUUCAGUGUGGGCACGCCCACGGGCGUCCAGAGCCUCGGGGACGACCCGUUCGCUAACAUGUCGAGCACGAGUGACAAUGAGUUCAGCUUUGGGGAUUCGCCCAAACCGUCGCCCAGUGCUCAGAGCCAAAAGAACGACGCAGGAGCUGCCAACGCGUCGAUAGCGACGGCGUCGGCGUCUUCGUCGUCGUCGGCGCCAAGUGCCAGCGCCGGGACGGACUUGGCCACGAGCUAUUUCGGCGCCGAGCUUGAAGCCAGUGGCGCGUCUCCGGGAGCUACGUCACGAGCCGCCGCCUCGUCCGCAGGGACGACCGACGCACUGUUAUCCACUGGAGACAGCAAGAGCAAAAAGACGACUGUCAAGAAGGAGACGAGCGCUGCCCAGGUAAAAGCAGAUGCAAGCAGCGCACCGACGUCCGCGCCGGCGUCGGCGGUGACGCAUCGUGCGGCGUCGUUGACAAGUUCGAAGGGUACCGAGACACCGUCGACAUCAGUGCCUUUGAAAGAGGACACUACAAGCUUGGCAUCAACGACGUCGUCGACGACACCGAAAUCGUCCUCGGCAACCUCGACGGGGCCACGACCGGUAGCUAGUAGCGGUACUGCGAUCUCGGCUUCCAGCAGUAUUAGCAGCGUUGCCAGCAGCAGUGUGGCGACGUCCGCGCCGUCCACCACGUCGUCUGCGCGACCGCACAUUGGUAACCAACAACAGCAGCAGCAACAGCAGCAGAUGCAGAUGCAACAGCAGCAACAGAGACAGCAACAGUAUGCCAAUCAAAUGAUGAUGAACCAGCAGAGUGGUCAGCCUCAGCAGUUUGCUGGCCAACCGUACCAGCAGCAAAUGCACGCGGCCCAGAUAGCCGGGGGCGUGAGUGGCGCUUCCGCUCCACCUCCGGCUGCUGCCAGUCAGUACAUGGGAAGUCAGCCCGGUCAGGCUUACCGUUUACCAACUUCGUCAUAUGAAGAGGAGUUUGCACGAGUGAAAGCAAUGAUGAUGCAACACGUUGAUUUGAUUCCGCCGCCGAUGGAGGUGCUUCGUAUCUCGAUGAGCCAGAGCGCCACCGGCCAGCAAGGUAUGACUAUGGGUGGCAACGCUUACAUGCAGCAGCGUGGUAAUCCAGCUAUGGUCCGUGGAGGCGCCCCUGGUAGUGCAACGUAUGGACAGUAUGGAAACCCGAAUGUGAUGAUGGCCGGACCUGUACAAAGUACGCCUCAAGCUGGAAUGAUGAACGCCGCACGGAUGCGUGCGGCGCAAAUGGCGCAGCAGCAAGCUCAACAACGUGUCGCGGCUGGUCGAACACCUGGGGGAAGCAAUGACGCACAGACUGCAUGGCAAUCUGAGAAUGAUUUGCCUUUGCGGCGGAAAAUGAUCGGAAAAAUCGUUAGCCUGCUGCAGCAGCGGAAGCCGGAUGCGCCUGCCGAGUGGAUUCGACGGCUGCCGGACAUGGCAAGGAGACUAGAGGAUUCUUUGUACCGUACGGCGAAAAAUCGAGAUGAGUACGGGGACUUUUCGUCUUUGAAGACCCGACUGCAGCAUUUGGCAGUGACGAUGGGUGCACGCGCUCAGCACAAGGCUGGCGGCAAUCCUCGCGCUACAGGCACAAGUAGCGUACCAGUCACAACUGGUGGCACGGCUGGUAACAAUGCGAUGAUGACCGCUCCAGGGAUGGCAAUGAACUUGGGAGCAGGCGGUAUGGGCCCUCAAGGUCACGUGGUAGGCAACAUGCCGUACGGCAACCGGAUGACUCAGCAGCAAUUGAUGCAACAGCAACACUUGCAAAUGCAAAUGCAGCAGAACCCUCAGAUGCGGCAACAGCUUACACCGCAGCAGUUGCAGCAGUUUCAGGAAGCUCAACUGCAACGACGGCAGCUGCAAAUGCAGCAGGCGCAGCAACAGGCCCAGAUGCAGCGUCAGCAGCAGCACCAGUAUCAGCAGAAUCAAGUACUCCAGCGCCAGAAUUCAAUGCGUCAAAUGCAGCAGAUGCAGCAACAGCAACAACUGCAGCAACGGCAGAAUCCGAAUUAUAUGCAGCAACAACAACAACAGCAGCAGCAACAGCAACAGCAGCAUCAGCAAGUUCAGGCUCAAGCUCGUGCGCAAGCUCAAGCUCAACGGAAUGGUACAACGAAUGGUGCUGCUAAUCAGCAGCGAAUGAGCGGGGACGUAAGUCUUGGUGAAUCUUCGGACUUUCUGAACCUGGACUUAUCUUCGUCGUUGCUGGGAUCUGAUGAUAUACAAAGUGUGAAUUCCACCCAUACUGGAGGCGACGCGAUGAAGAGUGGAAGCAAUCACACUGCGCAUUUGGCAGGUCAGAAGCGGACGCUUUCUCAAUCUCAGCAGCAAAUGGCAGCAGCGGCAAAUGCAGCUGCAUUCAAGCGGACAAAAGUAGGAGGAGCUGCCGGCCAGGCUGGCGGCGCUGUCACAAAUCAGCAGCAUUCGAGUACUGCAAAUUCUACAUCUCAAGUAUCACAGCCUUCGCAGACAUCGAUGCAGAAAUCCGUGGCAAGUACUAGUGGCUCAUCGAAGACUCCACCUAUGAGUACAGUCAACGCCAAGUAA